CCAGCCUCCCCACACGCAGUACUGCUCGUCAGUGCGUGUGAGCGCGUGUGUGCAAUACGCAGAACCGAAUAGAAUCGAGUAAUGCCGAUGCGCAGAACUUAUACGUCACGAUGUUGAAGCUGGAAACCCCGUAAUAUAGUUUGUCAGCGGUAGGUUUUCCGUGCUGCAGUCGGAAGUACAUGGACGAAUUCGGUGCCCGUGAUGAGUUGCUACGCCGCAUGAGCUAUGUCGUGUGGCGAGACUGAAAUAGAAUCUAAUAGUUGUUUGCGUUGCAAUGCGAUGGAAAAUUCGUCGAGCCGAAUCUAAUAGUUGUUUGCGUUGCAAUGCGAUGGAAAAUCCGUCGAGCCGAGAACUGCUGCAGCUGCUGCUCCUGCAUCUGAACACGUGGACAAUAAUUUGACUGACUUCUUGACUGACUAACUUAGAAAGGUGCAAAUUGAUAGCGUCAAUAGAGGCGGUAUCCGCGGACAAUUGCAAGUAUGAAUCAAAUACAGAUGAUCAUCAUCGCCAUCGCCGCCGCCACCGUCGCCUUUCUUGUCUUCAUUUCACUGCUCUAUCUUUAUCACCGUAAAUCUGGAAAAGAUGAGGAACCAGAUGAAACCGACGAGGAAAGCCGCAGUGACGUGAAGCAACAGCGUAAACACGAAGCUGGCUCCUCCUGGUGGACAAUCCCGAUAACAACAAAGUCGGCCAUCAAGUUCGAGAUACCAGAGAAGCAGGUCAAAGUUGAGAACGUGCAACCAGAGGGCGCCACAGUCACACACAAGAAGGCGUUGGGAAGAGGCAGAUCGGCUAGUACGGGCAAGACGUCGCCCAGGCAUCGAGCGUCGCCCUCUGUCGACAUGCUCGACGAGCCGGGAGUGAAGACGGAGGGGGUGACGCCGCAGCGGAUGUCCUCCAGCAACGAUCCGGACGCGCCGCUGGGCAAGCUGCAUUUCGGCAUACAAUACGACUUCACGGCGACCACGUUGACCGUUGUCGUAAGGCGAGGUGUGGGACUUCCGGCUAAAGAUUUCUCAGGCACGAGCGAUCCUUAUGUGAAGAUACUGUUGCUUCCGGACCGGAAGACAAAGAUGGAGACAUCGGUGAAGAGGAGGUGUUUGAACCCCUACUGGAACGAAACAUUUUGUUUUGAAGGGUUUCCGUACCAAAAGGUGCAGUCCCGCAUCCUGAACCUUCAAGUGUACGACUACGACAAAUUUAGCCGUAACGAUCCGAUAGGAGAGGUGUUCGUGCCCCUGUGUGAGGUGAACAUGACCGACGGAUGUACGCUAUGGAAGAGCCUGCAGCCUAUACAGAAGUCACGGGACGAAGACAGGAGACGUUAUUAUGUCUUUGGCUACGCCUACGGGGUCUUAGGGCCAACUGGUUUUCUUUGCAUCGAGUUCGUGUAA